AUGCAGUACUACGAAACACGUGAGAAAGAAUACUACGAUGUGGCUCAAGGCCAGAGCCGCCAAGGCUACGGACAGAACCACCAGGGGUAUGGUCAGAGCCAGAACCACCAGGGAUAUGGCCAGAGCCAGAUCCAGAGCCGUCCAGUAUAUGGGAACAGCCCGACUCUGAACCACCGUAGCCACGGAGGGUUUCUUGAUGGGCUGUUCAAGGGUCAAAAUGGGCAAAAGAGUCAGAGUGGCAUAGGGGCGUUUCUAGGGCAACACAAGAGCCAAGAGACUAACAAGGGCCAUGGAAUGGGGAAGCUCUUAGGAGGACAGCACCAGAAGAAAACUCAUGAGACAAACAAAGGUCUUAAUGGCCUUGGAAUGUUCAUUAACAAUGGAGAGAAGAAACAUAAGAAGAAAAGUGAGAACAAGAAGAAGAAGAGCAAGGAUGGGCAUGGCAGUGGCAAUGAGAGUGGAAGCAGCAGCGGUAGCGACAGCGACUAA